AUGGACUCUGAUCCGUCCGAUACGGAAUCCGCCCCCUCGCCAAUCAUUGUGGUCUAUGAUACAUGCCGUUGUAACCACCCUCACUACCCCGGGCCUAGUCCUGACCAAAAAAUUGUAGUCGAAUGCGGCUCAUGUUCUGGAUGCUGUACUUUCUGUGCACAUGGCGCCUUGUGCAUCCAAGCAUGGAGUGUUUUUAAAAGUUCACAAAAUAUUGUUCAUUCCGCCUAUAUCUUCAAAGUUCCUGGAAUGGAGUAAGUGUUUGAGUUUCAGACAGCACUUUUACUAUGACUAAUAAAUCGCAGAGAUUUCCAAAUAGGAUGCAGGUGGCGCUAUCUUUCCGAAACGGAGUCUCAGCCACAGCGGGGAAGAGAAUUGAUUAGGAACGAGUUAGAGAAUCUCAAAAAAAGGAUUUUGGACGAAAAGCUUGCUUUCCAGAAAAUGAAAGAAACUCCCACGUUUCAGGAACUAUUUGGCGGACGAUUCGGUUAUGGCAACAAUGAAUCGUGGAUAACCGUCGAUAUGGCGGACAGGCAUUCAUUGAGGGACCUACGACGUGACUUGCGAGCGACAGUGCCGGGAAAGAAGAUGCAAGUAAUAUUAGAGGACCUUCUCGAGAAGACCAAUCAACUUGAGAAGACACUUUUGCCUCGAGAGGCCAUUAUAUCAUUGACAUCCGAACCAGAUUUGGGGCCCGACACAUUGUCAUCCAGGCCUGAAUCAUUAUUCCGGACUCCAUCUGAUCGUCAAAGCCAGGUUCACCAUCAAGAGUCCAUGUCUGUCCCUGAACCUCAGUUCAAAAUAGCAAAAUCCAAACAAAAACCAAGGACGCGGCUACAACGCUCAAGAAUGCAAGAGAACUUAUCUGGAGGGGUUGGUGGUAGCCGCAGUACAUGAUGGCAGGUAUCAUGGGGUCUGCGGAAAUGUAUACUCGUACAGAGGCAGGAAGACAC